GUGGGGCUGGGGAAUCCCGGGUUGGUGAAGAAGCGCGAUGAGCAACCAAGAAAAAAAAGCCGGGAAUGCCGAGGGGAUGGGAGGAGGGAGGGCGAGACGAGGAAGCGCGAUUCUUGGAAAGGCUGCCUUCCCAGAAGCGCUCUUGGGAGGAAGCCUAGAGGGCGCGCACCGGCGAGGAAAGCGAGGGGCUGCGGCGGGUAGAGAUCGGCCAGGAGCUGGGCCGAGGAGGAAAAUCGCCCGCGGAGGAGUCCGGGGAGGGGAAACGGGGAGGGCUGCCCGGCCCUGCCUUCCCCAUCAAACUCCUCCCCGUCUGGGCAGCCCCGGGGAUGCAUCCUUCCCCAAGGGAUUCUCUGGGGCCACUUGGCUGGUGAAGAGCCCACGUUUCCAUUGGAGUGUGCCGUGCCACGAGGGUCCACCCUGCUCAGCGCCCAGAGAGACAGCUGGCAGUAUGUUGGUGAAAGAGUAUCGGAUCUGCAUGCCCCUCACGACCGAAGAGUACCGUGUUGGGCAGCUGUACACCAUCAGCAAGCACAGCCACCAAGAGAGUGACAAAGGGGAAGGUGUCGAAGUGGUGAAGAAUGAGCCCCACGAAGACCCUGUCCACGGCCGUGGCCAGUUCACCGAAAAACGGGUGCACCUCUCCAGCAAGCUGCCUAGCUGGGCUCGCGCUGUGACGCCACGAAUAUUCUACAUCACAGAGAAGGCCUGGAACUAUUACCCAUACACAAUCACAGAGUACACGUGCUCUUUCCUGCCAAAGUUCUCUAUCUACAUAGAGACCAAGUACGAGGACAACUGCGGAGACAGCACAAAUAUCUUCCACAAGGAAAACAUAUUGGGAGACCACGAUGUGACGUUCCUAGACAUCGCCUUUGAUGAAAUCCCAGAGCGCUACUACCGGAGCCUAGAGGAUCUCCGGUACUUCAGCUCAACCAAGACUGGCCGUGGCCCGCUGCGGGAGGGCUGGCGAGAGCAUACCCAACCCAUCAUGUGCUCCUACAAGCUGGUGACGGUCAAGUUUGAGGUGUGGGGGCUGCAGACACGGGUGGAGCAGUUUGCUCACAAGGCCAUCCGGGACAUCUUGCUGAUCGGCCACAGGCAAGCUUUUGCCUGGGUGGACGAGUGGUGUGGGAUGACGAUGGAUGAGGUGCGCCUGUAUGAGAAGGAAACCCAGGAGGCGACCAACGAGAUUGUCGGCAUGGCGGAGCCCACCUUCACCCUCAGCGGAGUGCGCCUGCCCCCCAACACCCAGAGCGCCCCUUCCACUCCCCUCAGCGGCGACGCGCCGGACUUCCUCAGUGUGCCCAAGGACAGACCGCGGAAGAAAUCUGCCCCGGAGAUGCUCUCUCUCCCAGUCCUGAGGGAGCGUGCCAAUGCAGAGUGACGCCUGGCUCCACGAGGCUUACCCCGGCUCCCGAUUCGGCACCCCUUCCUUCGUCAAAGAGACUUGCCCCACACACACUUCAUUUCCACAGGAAGGCAUGUACCUUGCUUUCGUCUGGGUUUUUUUUUUAAAAAAAAUAUUUAUGUGUGGGUUUUUUAGGUUUUUUAAUGGCCUUUCUAAGUUUCUCCUUGUCCUGAGAAUUGGGCCACACCCAUCUGCUGGACUGAGGAAAGGCCUACGACUUGUGGCCCGCCACUCCCUUCCCUGGAUUUCGGCAGCUCUCUUGAAAAGUAAACCGUUCUGACUUGUUCUGGCUGACGUCCAUCCAAACGUGGCAGGGAUUCUCUGACUUUCCCCUUGUUUGACCUGGGGCACUUGUGAUAUUCCUGUAUUGCAGAAUAACACACACACAC